UCGGCUCCUCUGGUGACCCUGCAGUGCGGCUCUGUAGCUCGUCCUCCUGUCUUGAAGGUUACACUUUUCCCUAGGUAAUCAACCAUCAAACACAAACAUCAGCAUCUUUAACACCACACUUGAAGCACCACGAUGCAAAAAGACCAUGUCUGAAAUCUCACCAUACCGGAUCUCCAUUCUGGUGUUUCUGUUCAUAGCCAUAGCAUACUUCCUCGCGCGCACCAUAUACCGUCUGUACUUCCACCCCCUAGCGCAUUACCCAGGCCCGAAAUGUGCCGCUGCAAGCGACUGGUACGCAGCAUGGCACGCGUAUAAAGGCGACAUGCACAAGGAUAUAUACCGACUACACCAAAAACACGGCGACGUGGUGCGGUAUGGGUCGAACAAAUUGCUCUUCAACACGGUGGACGCGGCGCAUGUGAUAUACCGCACCGACAAAGUGAAGAAGGCGCGCGCGUACAUGGGCCUCAUCGCAGGGCCGCGCAAUGUGCAUAAUGUGCAUGAUAAAGGAGUGAGUGCGGAGAAGCGUGCAAUGGUGCGGAAGGCGUUGUCCGGAGAGCAGAUGGCGUGGACAGAGGACUUUGCUCUCCACAAGGCAAGAGAGUUUGUGGAGCAGAUUGCGCCAAAGGGACGAGAGGAGUGGAGUGAUACGGUGGAUAUAUCGAGUUUGUGUCGAUAUAUGGUCUUUGAUAUCAUGAGCGAGACAUGUCUGGGCAAGAAUUUCAACCUCCUGGGUUCGUCGGCAUAUCGGUUCAUGGUCGACGCCAUCGCGCCUCUGCACCGCUUCAACAGCGCCUUCGUGCAAUCCCUCGACCUGAUUAACCUACAUCUCGAGAAGCUCUUCUGCCCUCGCGGCAUUUGGUACGGUCUGAAAUUCCUCACCAUGGCACAAGACUACACCCGCGCCGCAACCGAGAAGCCAGACCACCGUACGCCAAACCUCAUGCACUCCAUGCUAUCCUCGCUCGCUCCAAGCACACCCCCAGAACAACUCCUCCCACAGCUCUGGUCCGAGUGCAAAUUCCUCAUGGUCACCGGCUCCGGCACACCAGCCUCCGCGCUCGCCGCAACCCUCCACUACACAACCUCCAAUCCCUCAAUCUACACCCGCCUCGUCACCGAAAUCCGCUCCGCAUUCCCCAACCCGUCAUCCAUCCGCUCCGGCACCGCAAUGGCCCGCUGUACAUAUCUCCACGCCUGCAUCACCGAAGCCCUCCGCCUUGCACCCCCCGUCGGCGGCGCCCUCUUCCGCGAAGUCGAAUCACAGGGCCUCUCCCUCCCCAACAAUAUCCACAUUCCCGCCGGCACCGACAUCGGCACAGGUAUAUACAGCCUCCACCACUCCGCCGACGCUUUCCCCGACCCCUUCGCGUACCAACCAGACCGCUGGCUCGCCCCCGACACUCGCGCUGCGCGCGCUUGGAUGCCCUUCUCCCUAGGCCCCCGCGCAUGUCUAGGCCAAAGCAUGGCAUACAUGCAAGUCGGCGCCAUUAUAGCAACGCUCCUAUGGCACCUCGACGUGCGGCGCGCACAUAACGACGACAGUACCGACGCAUCGUGCGCCGAGUUUGCGCAGCGCGAUCAUAUUCUGAGUUUCUUCAAUGGGCCGGAGUUGCAAGCGCGCUGGCGGCGGGAUAGCGCGCGGCCGCGCAUGGAUCGUGUAGAGUCAUAUUCCAGGGGUAGUUUGUAGAGUGACUGUAAUGAAUGAAUCAGUAUGCGGAGUUGUGUUUCGAGAGACAUAUGACGUUGGUGACAGGGCUGCAUGUGAUGUCAUGUCGUGUUGCCGGAAGAGGGAUGGAUGUUCGGAUUGAUUAGCGGAUGUGCCGGAGAGGGCUGAGUGAGCUCAGGGGGAGGGGGCGCCGUGCUGGGAUAUACUCAUCGCAAACGUAGCGUUGGCCCCCAGGCGGGACUGGCGUCGAUCGGCG